GGUGACCGCGUCAGGGCUGCAUGACCCGAGGAGAUUUAAGUCACCACCGGCAGUCUGUCCAUGCUGCUGCAAGGUAAAUGGAAGCUACACAGACCUCUGUCCUGGUUUAUAUAAUGGCUCUGCCGAGGGGAAUGGUUUUAUUUUGACAAAACUGGACAACUGGCAAGACUAGGAAACAUCUCUGGAUGCACAAGACCUGUCUACUUUUUAAUAUAUAUUUUUGCAAAUAUGUGACACGGUGCAUUUUUACUUCAGAACUUUUCUACUUGUUAUUGUUUAAUUUUUCCUGUUGAGAGGUACUGUCAUUUUUUUGAUACUUACAAUGUGUAUCAUUUUCUAUAUUCAUAUUUUCACCAACAAAAUUUACUUGGGUUUUUUGGUGCUUUCUUUUUGCAAAUUUUGCUCUUUUAUACUGAGCUCAUUUAAUUCAUUUAUUUUUCGUCUUUGCUGUCUGUAUAAAAUCCAAAGGACUUCUUUCAAAGGUGUUCCUCUUGUUACUGAAUGUCCAUUAUGAAUCUAUCAAUUUUACUUCUGUACUGUAUUUAACUGUUUCGGUAGAUUUUCUUCCCUAAUUAUUUUAUCUUUCUCUGUUAUUGACUUUCGACCAGUCAAAAUGGCAGAGUGAAGAUGGGGGACUGGAACUUCCUUGGGGGGAUUUUAGAGGAGGUGCAUAUCCACUCCACUAUGGUCGGCAAGAUCUGGCUCACCAUCCUGUUCAUCUUUCGUAUGCUGGUCCUCGGGGUGGCAGCGGAGGAUGUGUGGAACGACGAGCAGGCUGACUUCAUAUGCAACACCGAGCAGCCUGGAUGCAGGAACGUGUGCUACGACCUGGCUUUCCCAAUCUCCCUCAUCCGCUUCUGGGUGCUGCAGGUCAUAUUUGUGUCUUCUCCCUCGCUGGUUUACAUGGGCCAUGCUCUCUACAGGCUCCGGGCGCUGGAGAAGGCACGGCAGAAGAAGAAGGCACUGCUGCGGAAGGAGCUGGAGUUGGUCGAUGUGGAGUUGGCAGAAGCCAGGAAGAGGAUUGAGCGGGAGAUGAAGCAGCUUGAUCAGGGGAAGCUCAACAAACCUCCUCUGAGAGGCUCUCUGCUCCGCACAUACGUGGCUCAUAUUGUAACCCGCUCUUUUGUCGAAGUGGCCUUCAUGACAGGCCAGUAUCUCCUUUAUGGCUUUCACCUCUACCCGCUCUUCAAGUGUGAGCGGGAUCCUUGUCCGAAUGCUAUAGACUGUUAUGUUUCCAGACCAACAGAGAAAAGUGUCUUCAUGGUGUUCAUGCAAUGCAUUGCUGCAAUCUCCCUCUUCCUAAACAUCUUGGAGAUCAUGCAUCUGGGCUACAAGAGGAUUAAAAAGGCCAUCCUAGACUUCUACCCUCACUUGAGAGAUGAGAGGGAUGAACUUGAUGACUACUAUGCCAAUAAGAAUAAAAAAGAAUCUGUUGUGCAAAUAUGCACCGGUGCUUCUCGAAAGGCAACAAUCGCCUCUGCACCCGGUGACUACACCCUCUUGCUGGAGAGGGCGCAGGGCACAGUUAUGUACCCACACCUUAUCAAAACUUCAACUUUUCUACCUCUUCAGGGUGAGCAGGCCACUCAGCAGGAUUUGGAUGAUUGCAGAAGUUCAGCUCAAAGCCCCCCAGGGUAUAACUGCACCCCGACUACCAAUGAGCCCAGCCCACCGUGCUGCGACUCCCUGAUUAAUCCAAAGCAGGAGGCCGAGGACUUUUUACAUCUUCCUCCACACACUGAGGGAGACAGCAGUGAACGAGAGAGCCCAGACUCUCCGAAACGCCCACAGAGGGCAGCUCACGCCUCCUCCUUCCCCACGCUGCCAGUGAGCGCAUCAAGGAAACCGUGGAUGGCUCACGGCUCCUCAAAAUGCUCCACAGUGCUAGAGGGUAAAAGCUCUGACACAGAUUCAUAUGGGGGUGCAAAAGCCAGUAGUGGACCUCCUUCCUCUCGAACUCAGUCAAAAUCAGAUGACAAACAUCAAAGCGGGGCCUCCACCCCAGAGUCACUGGAUUACUCCAGCUCAGGAUCCGGGCCCAACCCGAGACCAUCUUCCUCCAACUGCAAAACAUCAAUGGCAAGUAACGCAAGCAGCAGAAGAGCUCCGGACCUGCAAAUCUAAACUUUGAACGUUAUCUUCACACAGACAUCCGUGUUACAGAUUUCACUUUCCUUUCUGUAUUGAACCUAUGGAUUUAACAGCAUUGUGAGCAGGUUUCUAACUGGUGAGAGUUAUAUUUGUUCGUUCUGUUUUUGUCCUAAAUCCUAAACAGUUAACAAUUCAACCUAAUUAAUGUGGCAUGCUUUAAAAACCCACAGCAGUUCAACUAAUGCAAAAAAUAGCUUUUGAUGAAAGACAGAGGACUUUAUACUAUACGCUUUAUAUAUAUUUCAAACCAGUUUUGGACUACCUUUGUUUCCUAUUUUGACUUGUACUGCUACAAAAUUAGCAUGAAAAAUAAAUGUAAAAAAUAAAAUAUAUAAAUAUAAAAUCAAUAUAAACAUUGUCUAUUUAUUUAACAUGUUAGCUCUAUAGACUGCCGAGUUGCGUUUUCUGAAUGUAAACCCCAAUGACACUGUGAAAAGUCAUGUAAUUGGUGCAUGUUUUAAAUUUCCAGUAUGGCAAACAUGUCUGUCCAAAAGAAGUGUGUACAUUUGUACCAUAAAGUGAUGCUAAACAAAAGAACGUCCAUAUGUAUUUGCGGUAAAGAUGAUUUUAUCUAAAGUUUGCAGUUUAAUUUAAUCUGUAUUAUGAACUAGGAUUUAAGAUGGGGAGGGUGAAGUCAACUCUCAAAAUAGAAAGGAGAUAUUCUGUCGACCUGCACAGAGAGAGAAGUGGAAACAUUAGCUGCUUUUUAAGCCACAAUGACAAAAAUGUCAGCAUUACCGAUACACCCUGGGAGUUUAUCGGGGUCAUCAGUUUCCUGAGCAUAUCAAUAAGCAGCUAACACAGCAGCACUGUCCUCACCAACAAGAAUACCGUUGGUUUUCUGUCCUGCUUGAUAGUUUUGAAUCUUUGUCCCCCAUGAAAUAACUGAAAAUUAUUAAAUCUGAUUGAACCCUGUAGAAAACCUGAUGUGCUCUGGUCCCCGACGUCUUCAUUUGUUUCUGUAUCAAGUGUUUUACUCGUUUUGUUUUCUUAAGGGAUUUUUUUCAUUUUGCAUUAGUUGAAGUGUAGAUCAUCAAGUAAUGACUGCUGUGUAAUAUCAGGGUUUCUGCACUGUUCACCAAGUUAAAGACUCACGUAGAAUGCAUGGUGAAAAUUAUAAAUAAUAUCCAUGAAAACAAUAUGGUCUAGAAUUGCUUUUAAGUAGCAGAAAAUGGAUGAAUCAAAGGAAAAAUAU